AUGGAGAAAACCAACGAAGCUAAUGGUUCAAAGUCUGAUUCAUUCUUGUUCAAUAAAAGAAGAGCUGAAGGGUUUGAUAAAAUCGAUAAGCCUAAGAAGAAUCUCGAACGAAAAUCUCGAAAACUCAAUCCCACCAACACUAUUGCUUAUGUACAGAUACUUGGAACUGGAAUGGAUACACAAGAUACUUCGUCUUCUGUGUUACUCUUCUUUGAUAAACAAAGAUUCAUCUUUAAUGCUGGAGAGGGCUUGCAACGUUUCUGUACUGAACAUAAAAUCAAACUAUCAAAGAUAGAUCAUAUAUUCUUGUCUCGUGUAUGCUCAGAGACAGCAGGUGGACUUCCAGGUCUUUUACUAACUCUUGCUGGUAUCGGUGAAGAAGGGCUUUCGGUGAAUGUAUGGGGACCUUCAGACCUUAAUUACUUAGUUGAUGCAAUGAAGUCGUUUAUUCCACGUGCGGCAAUGGUUCACACACGGAGUUUUGGUCCUUCGAGUACACCUGAUCCUAUAGUUCUUGUGGAUGACGAAGUUGUGAAAAUAUCUGCCAUUCUCUUAGAAUCAUCUCACUCUGACUCUGAGGAAAACACUUGCAAAAAAUCUGGUGAGAUCUCAGUUGUAUACGUAUGUGAAUUACCUGAAAUAUUGGGGAAGUUUGAUCUACAGAAGGCCAAGAAUGAAUUCGGUGUUAGGCCUGGUCCAAAAUAUAGUAGACUUCAGUCCGGAGAAUCAGUGAAGUCAGAUACAAAGGAUAUUACGGUAUAUCCGAGUGAUGUGAUGGGACCUUCACUUCCUGGUCCUAUUGUUCUUCUUGUCGAUUGUCCAACAGAGUCACACGCUAAAGAACUGUUAUCAGUUAAGUGUUUGGAGAAUUAUUAUUCAUGUACUGACGGUCAAGCGAAGUUGGUGAAUUGUAUUAUACAUUUAAGCCCGUCUUCGGUAACAAGUAGUCCUACAUACCAAAGCUGGAUGGAGAGAUUUCAUUCCUCUCAACACAUUCUUGCUGGUCACCAAAGGAAGAACAUGGAGUUUCCGAUUUUGAAAGCAAGUUCAAUAAUUGCGGCAAGACUUAACUACUUAUGUCCACAGUUCUUUCCUGCUCCUGGUUUUUGGCCUCCUCAACAUGUUAAUAGCUCGAUGAUAGAUUCCCCUCCUUUAAGCGAGUGCUUAACUUCAAAUCUUGGUAAAAGCAUUUCUGCUGAAAAUCUCCUCAAGUUCACUUUGCGUCCUCAUGCCAUUCUUGGGAUCGACAGAUCUUUUAUCCCUCCUCAAUCAACAUCCUCACAAGUAGUGGAUGAGCUACUUUCAAAAAUUCCGGAGAUUGAAGAUAAAAGCGAAGAAAUCAAGCAAUUUUGGAACAGACAACACAAUAUGACGAUGAUCGACGAGACCAACACUGUUCUUCCAAGCUGUCUUGAAAACAUUAGACGAGACGACAUGGAGAUUGUUCUUUUAGGCACUGGUUCGUCCCAGCCUUCAAAAUACCGAAACGUCAGUGCAAUUUACAUUGACUUAUUCUCUAGAGGUGGUCUUCUCCUAGAUUGUGGGGAAGGAACCUUGGGCCAGCUUAAAAGAAGGUACGGUUUAGAUGGCGCUGAUGAGGCAGUUAGAAAAUUGAGGUGUAUUUGGAUCUCUCACAUCCACGCCGAUCACCAUGCGGGUCUUGCGCGAAUUCUAGCUCUUAGAUGCAAGCUUUUGAAAGGAGUGACUCACGAGCCUGCGAUUGUGGUGGGACCAAGGUCGCUUAAACGCUUUCUCGAUGCAUAUCAAAGACUUGAGGAUUUAGAUAUGGAGUUUCUUGAUUGUAGAAGCACCACAGCAACUUCUUGGGCUUCUUUAGAAAGCGGUAGCGGCAAUGCAGAGGGUUCUUUGUUUAGUAAAGGAAGUCCUAUGCAGAGUGUCUUCAAAAGAUCUGAUAUCCUGAUGGAUAAUUCUUCGGUUUUGCCAUGUUUAAAGAAUCUGAAGAAGGUUCUUAGCGAAAUCGGUUUGGAGGAUUUGAUUAGUUUUCCUGUUGUUCAUUGUCCUCAAGCCUUUGGUGUCGUUGUUAAAGCAGCGGAAAGAUUAAACAGUGUUGGAGAACAAAUCCCGGGAUGGAAAAUGGUUUACUCAGGUGACACAAGACCUUGUCCUGAGAUCGUCGAAGCAUCACGAGAUGCAACAGUUCUCAUACACGAGGCGACGUUUGAAGAUGCGUUGAUAGAUGAAGCUUUGGCGAAGAAUCACAGCACGACUAAAGAAGCAAUUGACGUGGGAUCUUCGGCAGGUGUGUAUCGGAUUGUUCUCACGCAUUUUAGCCAGAGAUAUCCGAAGAUUCCAGUGAUUGAUGAAUCACACAUGCAUAACACUUGCAUUGCCUUUGAUUUGAUGAGUAUAAACAUGGCGGAUUUGCAAGUGCUUCCUAAGGUUUUACCGUAUUUCAAGACUCUGUUUAAAGAUGAGAUGGUUGAAGAAGAGAAUGCAGAUGAUAUCGCCAUGGAUGACUUAAAGGAAGAAGCUUUGUGA